AAGAUCACACAUGACUAUAUUUAGGCUUACACAUUGAGAGAAUUUGAUGAGUCAAAGUGUUUAGAUGAACAGUUCCAAAGGUAAAAAGUGGACGAAUAUAGCAGGAGGGAGGUAGUAGUUGAUAAAUUGAUUGAUAACAGGAGCCUCCACGAGCACAAGUUUAUCUUCAGAAAAAAUGGGUUCUUUGAAGAGCGAGAGUGAAGCUGAGAGGAUCUCUGGAGAAUCAAAUGAAGCUAUCUUAUACGUCAAUGGGAUCAGGCGAAUACUGCGUGAUGGUUUGGCCCACAUGACUCUUCUUGAAUAUCUAAGGGAUAUUGGUCUGACUGGGACAAAGUUAGGUUGUGGUGAAGGUGGUUGUGGGGCAUGCACGGUCAUGGUCUCUUAUUAUGAUUUGAAUUCAAAGAAAUGCUUGCAUCACGCUAUUAAUGCAUGCCUGGCUCCUAUAUAUUCUGUAGAAGGGAUGCAUGUCAUUACAGUAGAAGGAGUUGGGAGUAUCAGAUAUGGCUUGCAUCCAAUACAGGAAUCAUUAGCCCGUGCUCAUGGCUCACAAUGUGGGUUUUGUACUCCUGGUUUCAUUAUAUCCAUGUAUGCACUUCUUAGAUCAUCUCAAGAACUGCCUACUGAAGAGGAAAUUGAAGAAAGCCUCGCGGGCAAUUUAUGUAGAUGCACCGGUUAUAGACCAAUAGUGGAUGCAUUUCGAGUAUUUUCCAAAACUAAUGAUGCCAUAUACACUAGUGGUUUAUCAAAAGGUGAUUCAGAGUUUCUUUGUCCUUCAACAGGUAAGCCAUGCUCUUGUGGUUUGAAAGACGCAAGUGAUGAACAGAACCAUAAACACAUAACUGAUGGUGGUGGCCUGAAACCAAUAUCUUUUAAUGAGAUUGAUGGAACUGCAUACACCAACAAAGAGCUUAUUUUCCCCCCCGAACUUUUAUUAAGAAAAAUGACGUACUUGAGAUUGAGUGGAUCAGAUGGAUUAAAGUGGUAUCGACCCUUGAAACUUCAAGAUGUGUUGGAUCUAAAAGAUAGACACCCAACUGCAAAACUUGUAGUAGGUAAUUCAGAGGUUGGGAUUGAAAUGAGACUUAAAAGAAUAAAGUAUCCUGUUUUGAUCUCUGUUAGUCAUAUUCCUGAACUGAAUCAGUUAACCAUUGAAAACGGUGGCAUAACAAUAGGUGCUGCUGUUAAACUCUCAAAGCUUUUUAAUGUACUAAAAAGGGUUUCUAAUGAGCGAGAUCUGUAUGAAACGUCUUCAUGUAGAGCUCUAAUGGAGCAAAUAAAGUGGUUUGCUGGAACACAAAUCCGAAAUGUUGCAUCUGUUGGAGGGAACAUCUGCACUGCCAGUCCAAUAUCAGACUUAAAUCCUCUUUGGAUGGCUGCUAGAGCAAAACUACAAAUCAUAGACAGCAAGGGAAAUAUCAGAUGGUCCGUAGCUGAAAAUUUCUUCUUGGGUUAUCGCAAAGUGGAUCUGGCAAGCAAUGAAAUAUUGUUAUCUGUGUUUUUGCCAUGGAGUAGACCAUUUGAGUUUGUGAAAGAAUUCAAGCAAGCCCACCGGAGGGAUGAUGAUAUUGCAAUUGUCAAUGCAGGGAUGCGCGUAUUUCUUGAAAGAAUGAAUAAAAAAUGGGUUGUUUUAGAUGCGUCACUUGUGUUUGGCGGGGUUGCUCCUCUUUCUUUUGUUACAUCUAAGACGAGAGAAUUCUUAAUUGGAAAAAGUUGGGACAAAGAGUUACUGCAGGGUGCUUUAGAAACCUUGAAAGAAGAAAUUGUGCUGAAGGAAAAUGCACCGGGUGGAAUGGUUGAAUUUCGCAAAUCUCUAACCCUAAGUUUCUUUUUAAAAUUUUUCUGGUGGGUUUGUCAUCAAAUGAAUGGAGAAAAUUUUGAGAGGGUUCCAUCAUCUCAUAUGUCAGCUAUAGAACCAUUCAACAGACCAUCCUUGAGUGCGAGUCAAGAUUUUGAGAUUAGGAAACAUGGGUCUUCUGUAGGCUCUCCCGAGGUUCAUCUUUCAUCAAGGCUUCAGGUUUCAGGGGAGGCUGAAUAUACUGACGACAUGCCCAUGCCCCCACAUAGUUUGCAUGCUGCACUUAUAUUGAGUAAAAAGCCUCAUGCACGUAUACUUUCAAUAGAUGAUUCAGAGGCCAAGGCCUUUCCUGGAUUUGCUGGAGUAUUUUAUGCCAAAGACGUUCCGUGUAAGAAUAUGAUCGGACCAAUUGUAGAGGAUGAAGAACUUUUUGCAGUGGAAUACGUUACUUGUGUAGGUCAGGUUAUUGGAGUGGUUGUCGCUGAUACUCAUGAAAAUGCAAAACAUGCUGCUGGAAGGGUUCAUGUUGAGUAUGACGAUCUGCCCGCAAUAUUAUCUAUAGAGGAUGCAGUCCAGGCUAAUAGUUUUCAUCCUAACACUGAAAGGUUUUUGAGAAAGGGGGAUGCUGAACAGUGUUUUCAAUCGGGUCAGUGUGAUAGGGUUAUAGAAGGAGAAGUCCAUGUUGGUGGCCAGGAACACUUUUACUUGGAGCCUCAUAGUACUCUAAUAUGGCCAGUGGAUAGUGGCAACGAGGUGCACAUGAUCUCAUCUACACAGGCCCCUCAGAAACAUCAGAAGUAUGUGUCUCAUGUUCUUGGUCUACCAAUGUCUAAAGUGGUUUGUAAGACCAAAAGAAUAGGUGGUGGGUUUGGAGGCAAGGAGACUAGAUCUGCUUUUGUGGCUGCUGUAGUUUCUGUUCCUUCAUACCUUUUGAAUCGUCCAGUAAAAAUUACAUUGGAUCGAGAUGUGGACAUGAUGAUAACUGGGCAGAGGCAUAGCUUCCUUGGAAAGUAUAAGGUAGGUUUUAAGAAUGAUGGAAAGGUGCUUGCAUUAGAUCUUGAACUUUACAACAAUGCUGGAAAUUCACUUGAUCUGUCAUUAGCCAUACUUGAACGGGCUAUGUUCCAUUCAGACAAUGUCUAUGAGAUACCAAAUAUCACAAUUAAUGGAAGAGUUUGCUUCACAAAUUUUCCAAGUAAUACGGCUUUUAGAGGUUUUGGAGGUCCACAGGGAAUGCUUAUCACUGAAAAUUGGAUUGGAAGAGUUGCUGUGGAGGUUAAGAAAACUCCUGAAGAAAUUAGGGAGUUGAAUUUUCAUAGAGAAGGAGCAAUCUUACAUUAUGGUCAAAAGAUUGAACAUUGUACUUUGGGACGUCUCUGGAAUAAAUUGAAGUCAUCAUGUGACUUUGCUAAUGCUUGCAAAGAUGUUGAAAAAUUCAAUCGCAACAAUCGGUGGAAGAAGCGUGGAAUAGCCUUAGUUCCAACCAAAUUCGGGAUAUCCUUCACAACAAAGUUUAUGAAUCAGGCAGGUGCACUUGUUCAAGUCUACACAGAUGGAACAGUAUUAGUUACUCACGGAGGUGUGGAGAUGGGGCAGGGUUUGCACACAAAAGUUGCUCAGAUUGCUGCAUCUUCCUUCGACAUUCCACUCAGUGCAGUUUUUAUAUCUGAUACUAGUACAGACAAGGUUCCAAAUGCAUCACCAACAGCAGCUUCUGCAAGCUCUGAUAUGUAUGGAGCUGCUGUUUUGGAUGCAUGCGAGCAAAUAAAAGCAAGAAUGGAGCCAAUCACAUCAAAGCGUAAUUUCAACUCUUUUGCGGAGCGUGUGACAGCUUGCUAUCUAGAGAGAGUAGACCUCUCUGCUCAUGGAUUUUUCAUUACUCCUGAAAUUGGCUUUGACUGGAAAACUGGUCAAGGAACCCCUUUCAGAUACUUCACCUAUGGGGCUGCAUUUGCUGAAGUUGAAAUUGAUGCAUUAACGGGAGAUUUUCACACUAGCAGAGCAGAUAUUCUCUUGGACCUUGGAUUUUCUCUUAAUCCUGCAAUUGAUGUCGGACAGAUAGAGGGAGCAUUUAUACAAGGUUUGGGCUGGGUGGCCCUAGAAGAGCUCAAAUGGGGGGAUCCGGCCCACAAAUGGAUUCCAUCCGGAUGCCUAUUCACCUGUGGACCCGGAAGCUACAAAAUACCUUCCAUCAAUGAUAUCCCUUUCAAAUUCAAUGUUUCGCUUUUGAAAGAUGCUCCAAAUACAAAGGCCAUCCACUCCUCAAAAGCGGUAGGGGAGCCACCAUUCUUUCUCGCCUCAGCCGUAUUUUUUGCCAUCAGAGACGCCAUUGCAUCAGCAAGGGCAGAAGCAGGCUACAAUGGCUGGUUUUCUUUGGAUAAUCCGGCCACACCAGAGCGGAUCCGCAUGGCUUGUCUGGAUGAGUUCACUAGUUCAUUCGUCAAUGCCGAUUAUAGGCCGAAGCUUAGUGUGUGAUGGGUUGCAACAUGGAUCAUCAUCAUCACCAUCAUCAUUGUCGUCGUCAUCAUCAUCAUCACCGUCAUUGUUGUCAUUGUCAUCAUCAUCAUCUCUGCAGUGUCUGCAGUUGUAUCUACUUGUCAUGAAUAAAGAAAGAAAUGUUCGAGUGCCAAAUGUUUUAGAUUGUACACUAAAUUUAAAAGUUGGUCCGUUUGUGAACAAUACAUUUUUAUUUUAAUGUAAAGGAGAGAAUUUGAGAUACACCUAAACCCCCAUUUGAAGUUGCUAAAAUGAAUGAAAUUUACACUU